AUGAGCUCUACCGAGCCUACCAGCAGCGGCUCGACUGAUACCCCUAAACCAUCGACAAGCGGGGGUGAGUCUUCUGUCGGGCAACCGUCGAAAAAUACCGGUCAUUCGUUACCGGGACCUAGCACUGCUUACAGUUGUAACUGUGGUAAGGCAAGAAAUCAACGAUCUCACACACACUCCACCAUUAGCAGUACGGUGCGAAAAGAGUUGGCGUCCUACGAAAAUCCCUAUCAGCCACUUCCUCCUGUUAAGGUAGUUUCGGCAAAACGAAACGCCAGUACCGAGAGUUUGGAUCUGCUUAGCGGAUCGAAGGAUGAGUGCACAUGUGCGAUCUAUAGUCCAAAUUCGAUCGAUGGGACCAGUUGCAAAAAGUGUAAACGUGAUUUCUCUGCCUCCGAUGCUCAACGAGCCCAGAAAAAGUAUAAUUCCUCCAAGUACAAGGAUGCUUCCACGUCACCAAAAUCGAACAGUCCUCUGCGGACGUUGGAACCGAAAAGCCCACGAAGUCCCAAAAGUCCAUGUGCAGAAGCCUCUACGGACACGAAAUUUGACUUUCCAUGUUCACCAAAAACGGAGAAUCACUACAAACGCCUAUCUACGUUGAGUAUCAAUUCUGGGAACAAAAAUGCCGGGACAAGUCCGAUAAAGCAACAGCCAUCGCCAAAGAUGAGCCCCAACAAGUUGGCUCCGGUCCGAAGUGAUCGCGUUCUGGAGAAAUCGAACUCACUGGGGGAAAGCAAACCACAAAAGCAACUACGCACGACACGCAGUCUCUCGCCGAGACCUCCGGUAAAGCACCAGCACUCGAUUAUGGUCUCCGACGAGAACGACAUUGUUUCGGUGAAGUUAUCCCCGAACGAAGAGUUUGAUGAGGGUAGGGAGAAAGAAAAACAUCAGGAAAUGGAUGAAGCGGAUAGUGAGGUAACAUCCCCGAUUCUAUCCGAUUGUGCUACCUUGCAGUUGGACGAUGGUAAUUUGACACCAGCGAACAACAGGAGCACUAGUUGUUUAGUGUAUGUUCCUUCGGACCCAUGGACACGAAUGUCCGGUAGAAUUUCGCCGAUACCAGCUAUUAAGAACAAGCACAAAGCUAAGACGCUAGAAAGUAAAUCCUUCAGCAAACCUAAUCUGGAAUAUUUUGAAGACACGGAUCCAUGGGUAUGGCGGUCCAAUAUCAACCUAAACGAGCGAUACAUGAAAAAGAAAGGAUCACUUCCCAAUCACAGCAAAUCGCUAAGUAGUGCUCACAGCCGGGACGAGCUGCUGGAAUCGAGACAGAUGCGCUUGUGCCAGCAGCGAUCACUAACCAAAUUCGACAAGAAUUUAACUAUUCCGGGAAUUGAUCUGCACUUUGACGCCCGUAAGAAGAUUACACGACCAAAACUGCAACGAUCGAAAUCCCCCGCAUUUUACGAAGAGUUCUUUCAAACGGAAAAGGAAAAGGCUCUAAGUAAGAAUAAAUCCGUAUCGUCGUUGAAGAUCGAAAAGAACGCUAGCAACUGUAACAUUAACGGUGCCAAAUGUACCUGCACGGACGUGAACUCACUGAACCGUGCUAGCAACAACCAGCCAAAGUGCGAACACGUUUACAAAUCCACAACGAGCAUUACCUCUCCAACGACCAAGAAGCAGCCUUCCCCAAAAUUAAACAUUCCAAAAUCCCCCAAAACGAAGCCGCAACAGUCCAACAACCAACCGGAACUUGUCAAAGCCUCCCUAACCGUGUUGAACCCGAACCUGUUGCAACCGCGGCACAGUUUCUCCACUCCGUCGCAGAAGGACGACGAACUACAGCUGAAUAUACGACGCCUCAGCGAGCAGAUGAAUAAAUACAACAGCAUAGGCACUGGCUAUUUCACCCAGGCACCAUCUCCCAGCUUCAUGAACGAUACCAUUCCGCUGGAGAAGAAAAAAAGCAGCGGCAGUGGAGGACUGAUUUCUACGGCUGGCAGCACCGGGACAGCCCAACCGCAGAAACGUGCCUCGUCACAUUCGAAGAUAAACGAACCAAUACUGGAGACGCGAUGCUGAACAGGACGGACAGGUAGCGAAUCUAUACGUAUGCAAUGACGUUUUUUUCGGUUUGCAGUUUAGGUUCCUGCAUUUGAGUGUUGAUGUCUUGUUGUUUACCUAGAACUAGUACAUAGGCACCAAAUAGUUAGUCCAAAUUGUAAACGAUUAUUGCUGGGGCAUGGAGAGUAACAUCAUUCCACACAGACGGAAAGCUGCCAGAUGGCUAGACGAGCAGGAGCACUCAUCCUUGCACAGAACCAGUGCAAUUCUAAAUGUAGAGAGAGAGGGACCGCGCCAUCAGCGAACCACCCGAAUCUGUAAUGGGUGCGAUGAUUAUUAUUGUUAUUUUGCCAAACCAUUCUGUAUAGUUCUUAGAAGCAUAAGAAACAUAUAGCGCGUAAGGUAGAUUUGGCUGAACGGAGCAUGCGGCAGUUCAUAGUUAAGAGAAGGUACUUACAGUUGACAGUUUAUACUGUUGUCAACUCCCCUCCCGGUGAAGUCAUUGAGAAGGACAGUUUCUUCUUAGAACAGUUGUGCGGCAAACAUUGUAAGUCGGAAGGACAUACCCUGUUUCAAAAAAAAAAUCCUUGAACUAAUACGGUUAGUUUGGCAAAGUCGGCCAAAACUCGGAAUGAAGUUCUUCGUCCAAAGAAUCACUUCAAAAAAUUGGACUGGUUAGAACUACCAGUCUGAAAACUGAUUCAAGUAGAAUAAUUCUCACUUACUAAAUCUAUAAAAGAGUAGGGGAAAGAGGGUAACAGUGGAACUAU